AUGACUAAGAUUAAGAGGAAAGCUGUUCAUUCACCUGGGACACCCUCAACCCGAAAACCACUGAAGAAGCGACUCAAUUUUGAGGAGGGGGCCACCAGUGUGCAUCAUCAUGGUCUGGUAAAAGCUGAGGUAGUAAUACAGUAUGUAAAUCAUGCACAGAAAAGACAGCUGUCUGGCCCAUGGAUACAAGUUGCUGCUGCAUUAUGUGCAGGUGAUCACCACAGAGCAAUACAGCAUGUCAUAUCUAUGAAGGAAGCCAAAGAUUACAUCACAGCCAGUUUUAUUCAAUCUGUUGUUGAAGAAGCUGAUAACCUUUGUGAUCCAGAUAACCACUCUCUUUUCCGUGAAUCCACCAUUGAAGACCUCAAUAAUUUCAACUUUACCCAACAAGACCUUGAACUGCAACUGAAAGCACCAUUGCUGGCAUCAACUCUUCAUGCUGUUGCAGAAAACACUAACAUAAAACGAAAUGUUAAGAAAACUAAAAAAACACUCAUCCCAGGUGUGACAACAGCUGCUGGCAUUCUCCUUAACUGUAGGUCACAAACGAUGAAUGCACAUCAAGUGUUGACAUCACUUGUUCUCAAAAAAAGUGGUGCAAAGUUGUCUGCCUUCCAUCAUCUUCAAAAUCGGAACAUCAGCACAAAUUAUAAAACAGUGAUGCGACGGCAGCUAGAUUUUGGAGUUGAUUUCGACAAGGAUGUAAAACAGUGGGCUAAGGAAACUUCCGAGGCUGAAUGUAACGAACGACAACUACAAGACAGUGGCAGUAAAGAACUAGUUGAAGAAUUCAAUAAAAGCAGGUCUGACAUGGGUUAUCAACUUGUCAUGGACAAUGUAGAUGUAAUUGUCCAUCCCCGCUACACAUCAAGAAAACAACAUGGUACAGAUCAUCACAUGGUCCAGAUGAUUGCCAUCCAAAACAGAGUCAAAGCACAUCACCUGCCAAAUAAUGACCACAUAACAACUGUAGAUAAAAUUGAUGUUUCAGAGUUUCUCCCAACUGUGUCAGACAACAUUAAAUUGAAGCAAAAUUGUAUCACACAUGUCGGUAACAUCAUUUGCGAGAACAUUCCAGCACUGAACUGGAUUAAAGCACAUAUCACCAGUCCAAUUCAUCACAAACACAUGGCAGAACUGCAGCAGAAAUCUAAAAUCGUUAAUCUUGGAGUAUUGAUGGAGGAUGAGAACAAGACAGACGGCAUAUACAACAUCAUGCACCACCUGCACAAAUAUGUCCCGGGACAUAAAAGUGAUCAGGUAACACCCAUCAUCAGUUCAGGAGAUCUUCUCACAUGUGAAAGGGAGAGUUCCUGCAGGCGAGACCAAAUUAACUCUACUACAUCCAGUGAUCGACUUGAGGGCCUUGUUCCUGUGAUUGCUGAUUUUCAUGUGUUGGGCAAUUUCUACCAGGUGAUAUGGCAUUACCUGUAUGACCCAUCUUCAAGUGGUGAUAAAGGUACACUAUACUCGGCACGAAGUUUUUUGGAAGCGAGAAACGUCACAAGCGACCCAAUGAAAAAUUUCAACGCAGCAUCUGACCUCAUCACCCAAUUCACAGUCGCCUUGGUCAUUGCAGCUGCAAUGACCUUUUUUGGUCUGGAAUCUCUAUCUGAUGAGCCUUCCAAAAAUGAGUUCAAUUAUGCCAUACAUCAAGACAGGAGAGAAUAUGUUCAUCGUGUGUUGGAAGAAAUUGUAGACCGCUACAUUAUUCCAAGUGAUAAUGAACUAUCCCAGGAUUCAACUGUGAUGUCCUGUCCACAGUGUAAGAAGAAAUAUAUCACAAGGAAAGGGCUGAAAAAUCACAUGCGGACAAAGCAUCCAGGUGUUCAAGUCAGCCAACCUAAAGACAAGUCUUCCCUCGGACCAGAAAAGGAUGCCAUGUUUAACUACACCAGAACAGCUAUUAAGUUGGGUAUGAUCGCAUACGACUUCACCGAUGCUCGCAAGAUGGGAGAUGGAGAUAGAAUUAUACUUCUAUUUAAGUUCCUUCUUAUCCAUUUUAAGGCAGCCCAAAAACCAAAAUACAGCUUCCAAGUACUUCGGCUCUUGUCGCAAGUAAAGUGUUUCCUAACACCUCGCCUCGCAUACGAGUUAACAUGGAAUCGGUUUGUCAACAGGACAGGUAAACCGUAUCACAAUAUUGAGGUGGACAGAGAACUGGAACAUCAGAACCGUGUAUUUAAGGAAAACUGUGGGGGGCUUCGGGGUAAAAUUACAAGCCAGAGUAUCGACAGGAUCAGCCAUUCUGCUCAGGUAGUUGACACCAUGUUAACAAGAGUUAACAGUCAACUAUCUAGGAAGCCAUCGGGAACCCACAAAAAACAGAAUAACAAAGAUCAAGUGGCACUAGCUUUAGAGCUUCAUAAGGAUCGUAUAUUCGACAUUCAGCCAGGAAGGAGGCACUUUCAUUUUCCAGAUUUUCCAUAUUCUGUUCUCUCUACACUGAGUGAACCUGAUCUCCACAACUGGAUAAGAUCUUCCCUGAAACAGAUUGCAAAGAACACUUAAGAUAACAACAACAGCACAAUAUUCAAGUAGUGUUUUUUGGAUUAGUUUGUAACAAUAUUUUCAUUCUUUAAUCAUCUUGAUGUUAUAAGCUUACAUUUGAGUGUUAAAAAAGGCUGAAAAAUAAAUAAUGGAUGUAACAAGGACACUGUAUCCAUGUAUCUUGAUCAUACUUUUGUAAUUUAAAAACAAACGUUCACACUCAUAGGGGAAUGUUACACAUUUAGUCAAAUAUAAGAACGUUUUUAAAGACUCUGGACACUAUGUAUUGGUAAUUGUCAAAGACCAGUCUUCUCACUUGGUGUAUCUCAUUGUAUGCA